GAAUUUGGCGAUAACAGCAAUCAAUACACGAUCUUAUUCCUAAAAUUAUUCAAAUUAAUUGUCAUUCUAAACACGCAAUACGGCAAGUCCUCGUUAGUCUCGUGCAGUGUCACCACACGUGAAAACUACCAGCCUUUGCCAAAAAAGCACCACGGCAGCAGCCACAAUCGCUGCCAACAUAUAGAUACACCCCAAGCGCAACCUCCAUCUCCCUCUAGGUUUCCAUACCAGAGGUUUUAUUUAAAAAUUUGCCCCAUAUUAUUAAUUAUCUUUUAUCAAUUAUUAUUAUUUUUCCUGUUCAUUAAGCAAUCCCAAUCAUUUGCUGCUUGAUUUUUUUUUUUUUUUUUCAAAAGAAAAAUUGAAAUUCAGAAAAACCACGAAUUGAUAAAAGUUCGCAUUCGAAUUUCAAACUUUAUAGGGAAAAAGUGAUUCAGAAGCAGAAUCAACAAUGUUCUUUUUUCCCAUCAUCUCAUUUUUUUUCUAAAAGACUCUUUGCCUGCUUUUUACCUCUUGGAUCGAAGUGGGAAAUGGUUGUGUAUCCCAGCAGUAAGAGCUAAAUUUGUAGAAUGGAGAAUAUUGAUUCCUAGAAAAGAUCAUGGUGCAGUGCUUAGACGGAGUGAAGCAUCUGCUUUCUGCUGUUGUGAAUUGCUGCGAUUCUGAAAUAUAUAAGCAGCCAGGUGGCUUGGAAAAUCCUGAAGCUCUAGCAAGGGAGACUGUGUUCAGUGUUAGUGAAAUAGAAGCAUUGUAUGAAUUGUUUAAGAAGAUCAGCAGUGCUGUGAUUGAUGAUGGGCUCAUCAACAAGGAAGAGUUCCAACUAGCUUUAUUUAAGACAAACAAAAAGGAGAGCUUGUUUGCUGAUCGGGUGUUUGACUUGUUCGACAAAAAGCACAAUGGGUUAUUAGACUUUGACGAGUUUGCCCGUGCUCUUUCAGUCUUUCACCCCAAUGCUCCCAUUGAUGAUAAAAUUGAUUUUUCAUUCCAGUUAUAUGAUCUCAAGCAGCAGGGAUUCAUUGAAAGACAGGAGGUAAAGCAAAUGGUAGUGGCCACACUUGCUGAAUCUGGCAUGAAUCUUUCGGAUGAUGUAAUAGAAAGUAUUAUCGACAAGACCUUUGAGGAAGCUGAUACCAAACAUGAUGGGAAGAUUGACAAAGAAGAGUGGCGGAAUCUUGUAAUGCGACAUCAAUCUCUCCUGAAGAAUAUGACUCUUCAAUACCUUAAUGUUAUUCACAGGGAUUUAUCUCAGAUCUCAAAAACCAUAUCUAGGUUUCAGUGUGUGCUUAUACGGGCAGACAUUACAACCACAUUCCCGAGCUUUGUAUUUCACUCUCAAGUUGAUGAUACCUAAGUUCAAGACCACCUCUAGUCUCUCAGUUCCGGACAGUAGUGAGUUUUUGCAUCUAGACAACAUUGUGUUCUGUGUUUGAGGUCUACAAAGAAAACUAUCAACCUAUCGGAUGCAGAAGGGAAAUGGUGAAUUCUUUUGUUCCUUUGAUAAGUGGCAAAAUGAUGGCUUUAUUACAUUUUUCUAAGACUAAACAUUGUAUUUAGUAUGUAUUAGACUUGUAGUUUAAACCGAUGCUCUGUAUUUAUUCUGUUUUUCUGGUUUGGUUUAAUUGGAAAGUAAUGAAUGAGACUUAUUUUUGUAAGAGCUUUAUACUAUCUUUUGAGCCAAUUUGAUAGAAAAAUCAAUGUCUUUUUG